GAGGGUAUGACUGUGUCUUAUAUUGCCUCAACUCUACGACAGCUCAUGCAGCAGCUCAAUUACAGCACUGAGGUGCCGCUAUCCCAGCGUGAGUUCCAAGCUCUGUUGGUCGAGGAGGAGGUGGACCGUCUCCUGAGCGGGAUGGGGGUUGACGUCGUAGCGCUCGUCGAUACGGCCGACGUCAUCUAUGAGGACAUGAACAAAAUGGGAAAGAGCAUGACCUUUGAGAACUUGGUCGACACGAUUCUCAACCUUCGUGGCAAGAACACGGCCACGGUGAAGGAUGUCAAGGAGCAAGCUCGUGUCAUCAAGUCCAUGGUGCAGCACACCCUGAAUGCAAACGGCAACAAGGUGAUGGAGGAGUUCCAAGUCUUGCGCACGGAGCUUGCGGCACUUCGGGAAGAAGCCCUGCGACGAGACGAGGAUGAGGAUGCAGAGGCAGAUGAUUUCAAUGGUCUUGGAUUUCAGAUGGAGGAGACGGAGCCUUUCCCUGCCAACUCGCGGGGGCUGGACACGGAAGAGCCUUUGCCAGGAGGCGACGUGAGCGAGGCCCCGGAGCCAGAGGUUUUCCGGCAUUCCGGAGUGGCGGCUAUCACCAGCUACGAGCUGGCCAGAGUCGAAGAGUACUUCGUGAUCGAGAGUCCCUCCGUACAGCAUGGCAUAGAGCCACCACAUGCGGUUCGAGGCUCACUGGCCACAGGCAACAGUGAAGCAAACGAACCAACAGGACAUGUUGAACGCAAUGUGAAACGAGCGCCUCAGCAGCUUGGGAUCAUGGCGGAGCCAGAUGAUGCGAACACUGCGGAGAAGAUUCCGCGGGAGCGCGAGGCAUGGCGACGGCUUCUGGCCCGGGUGGCACAACUGCGCGGAUACCCGAAAGCUUUUGCGUUGCUGCAGGAGAAGCACGCCGAGUUGCCAGCUUCUCACACCGAAGAUUCGCUUUUCUCUGCCAUGGCGCUGCCGGCGCUCCUGCAGUGUUCGGGGCAGAUAGGCUCCGGGCCAAGCUGGGCGGAGGUGAGGGGCAACCUGUCCUUCUACACUGCCAUGAACCUCGCCUCAAGAGACAUCACUGUGGACACGCAGUCCCCGCGAUACUGGGAGCUCCUAGAUGUAUGGAGGAAGAUUGACGGUGAUCCUGUCCUGUCGCAGCAAGCAUCGAGCCAGUGCCCUGUGGGCUACCUGACCUUGAAACUUCUCGGCUUCGUCUCCCUACGAGCCGAGGUGAUACUGGAGGAGCUCCUCAAGCUCGAAGGGGUGAUGAUCCACCCGAUCUUGCGAUGCCUGGCCUCCACCCUGGACUGGCACAAAGUGGCCGACCUGGGAUGGCCGCUGUUCCGGCUGCUGGCCCGGGUCGAGAGUCCUGCUCACGAAGAGCUUGGGAUGACAAACCCUUUGAACACCUGGUCCGAAGCAAACUGGUUGAGCGAAAUGCCAUACUUGGAGCUGGUGCAAAGACACCUCGAUGAAGGCAUCGCAGUCCCAGCAGCUGCAAGCGGCCUGUUGCUGUCCUACCCAGAUCGGAUUUCUCCCUACAGCCGUGCCACCGCGCUGCUCGCACUGGCCGAGGUGCUUCGGCCUCCACGAGUAGCCCCAGAUCUGGUUGGAGAGGCGGAGCGGUUGAUUCGGCGGGCAGUGUACAUUUUGACUGAAGACUUUUUGGCACUGAAGUACCCGCCAUUGGUGCCCCUGACCUCCCGUUGGCCCAUCUUCCAACUCGCGGACCGACUAGCUUGCAAGGGCGAAGUUCGCUGGAAUCUCCCCUCACAAGCAGCCCGAAGCAGACCGCGCGUCGCGGUGCUGCCGAUGCCAGAGAAGGUCUCUGAUGUCGUCCGCUCCUGCAGCCUGCCCUACUGUGACCUGAACUUCUUCGAGCUGGUGUUACGGGCUGUGGCCGCAUCAGCACGGAAAAAGCUGCAUCUCGUCGAGGUCGGCGCAAACCUUGGUGACUGCACCUUUUGGGUGGCAGCGCACCUGGGCAGGCGCCUCACGUCUGCCACAGCAGUCGAGCCUGUGCCGAGUGCAGCAGCGGCCGUCCGACGAAGUGUCACGAUUAACGGCUGGGAUUUCAUCCAGGUUGUGCAAGCAGUCGCCGGUGCCAAAGCCGGACAGGGCUCUAUGCACUUCCUUGCACACAGUGCUGGAAAUCCCUAUGCGAGUGCUUCUGCGGUUGCUUUACGAAACGUCGAGACACCGUCAGUACCUGCACGGAUGACGACUGUGGCGCGCCUGUUGUCCUCGCAGCCGCGACCUGGAACGGCACGGCUGCUCAAGCUGUACGCCUACGCUGACCUCCUGGAUGUGCUGAAGGGAGCAAGGUCGGCGGCAAGAAAGGUGGAUGCUGUGUGGCUAGCAUUUGCAGCGGGGCUUUUGCCCCGAGCGCGGUCGGCAGCGGUGGCCAUGUUUGCAUUUUUCUACCGCCAGGGCUUUCGAGUGGCGUUGCCAAGCUUUGAGGUCGACUGGUGCAGAAGUUGGCGGCCGCGAUGGGUAGCGGAGCAAAAGAUGCGGCAAUGGCUUGCCGCCACGCAGACCAGCAGAAGUGCACAUUCCAUGGUCUAUGUGGUGGCGUUCCGGCCGCGGGUGCUUCACUGCAAGCCUUGGCAAAGCUUCAAGCAGCAUGCAGAUGAAACCCGAGUUUGGGAUCGUGCCGGCAUUGCGCAAGGCUGCUUUUUCGGGCGCUCUCGGCGGCAGCUGCUUAUGGCAAAACGGCACGGUGCAACCUAUGCGUCUUACUUCCUCGGUGACGAAGAACUCGAGCUGGAGCAGCAGCUUGACUUCUUCCACGACUCUGAUGGUGACAUCCACCCGCCUCAGCUGCCAUUCGAAGACGAUGACCGCGCUCAGCGCUGGUUCCAUCGAAAAUUGAAGAGCAAAGAUGGAAGCAAGAUUCGGGCGAAGCUUUGCAACAAGCUCGCGCUGCAGCUGCAGGCCAUGGGCCACGACCUGAUAGGGCGCGACGCUAUCGAGCGCGUUUCUGAAGCUCUAACGCAGGGCACUGCAGAGGAGGGCCCUCUCGUCUGCAGCAUGCUGGCGAAGGAGCUGGAGGGCACACGCUUUGAUCACCAUUGGGUUUCCCAGGACGGAAAAGGUCGCUACCGCCUGGGCGAGGACGGCAUGAAAGUGGCCGUACAGGUGCUGGAUGGUAAACUUCUGAUUCAUGGCUACUUCGAAGGUUCCUUGGUCCAUCCUGUCCGUAUUCCAAUCCUUGCUUUUCUGACGGAGCAUGGUAAAACCUCAGAGAAACAGCCCGAAGAUGACUGUGAUCUCUUCGGUCAAGCUGCACCCGCAACAGGUGAGAAGGAGGGAGGGCAGAUACGGCUGCGCUCCCGCUCACGGAGCCCACGACCAAGCAAGGUGCAGGAACCCUCAGCGCCGCAGAGUGGGCCAUUGCCAUUGCCACUGGGAUGGGUCAAGAAGGAGUCGCGUUCAAAGCCCGGCGUUUUCUACUACGCCAACGAGGCGAAGGGGCUAACGCAAUUCGAGCGGCCGACCUCGUAA